AGCUCUUCUGGACAGUACACAAUCCGUGUGGCUGAAGUUUGACUUUACAUGGAGAGUCUGCUCUUUUAUAUAGAGUAAGCUGUACAUUUCCCCUUUGCCAGACCUGUCAACAUGUAACUCCAUGAAACUCUGUAUGGGUUAGAAAGGAACGCCAAGCUGCCUUCAGAAUGGAUCCAACAUCGGGUGCCCGGUCAAUUGUUGUUUGUGUGGAGGGAAUGACAUGCAACUCUUGUGCGGAGGCUAUUGAGAAGCACGUUGUUAAUUUAAAAGGCGUUCAUGAAGUUAAAGUUUCCCUGAGAGCUAAGAAUGCAACCAUUAUUUACAACCCCCGAGAACAAACUCCAGAGGCAUUGCAAGAAGCCAUAGAUAACAUGGGCUAUGACACGGAUCUUGCUGAUGCAAACCCCUGUGUCAUUUUGGCAGACACUGUUUUCCUUUCAGUGCCUAUUCAAGCAGCUUUAACAUGUGAAGAGAUCCGUGCCAGCCUCUUGAAGAAUAAGGGCAUCUUGGAUGUGAAAAACUCUUUCGAUGGAAAAUCUUUAGCUGUAACAUUCAUCCCCUCUGUCAUAAACAGCAAGCAAGUCAGCGAAAUAGUGCCAGCGUUGUGUUCAGAUAAUGCAACACAGGAGCAAAAUCUGGGAACGUCGGAAGAGGCAAAUACAUCCCAAAUGGGCGAUGUUGUGCUGAGGAUGAAAGUAGAGGGGAUGACCUGCCAUUCCUGCACCAGCACCAUUGAAGGGAAGAUUGGCAAGCUACAAGGGGUGACACGGAUUAAAGUCUCCUUGGACAAUCAAGAAGCAGUGGUCUUGUACCAGCCACAUCUCAUCACAGCAGAGGAAAUAAAAACCCAAAUAGAAGCUGCAGGUUUCAUGGCAUCUGUGAAGAAGCCGCCUAAACCCCUCAGUCUUGGUGCUAUCGACGUAGAGCGACUGAAGAAGGCACAGACCAAAGGCUCCGAAAGAGCUCAACCAGGGAGUCCGGAAGAUUUGCUCCCCUUAAAGACUGUCAGGUUCCAGGUUGAUGGCAUGCACUGUCAAUCUUGUGUCGCCAACAUCCAACAUCAAAUCUCAGCACUCCCUUCAGUAACUAGCAUUGUAGUAUCUUUAGAGGACAAAUCAGCUGUUGUAAAGUACAAUCCUAGCCUAAUCGGCAUUGCUGCACUGAAAAGAGCCAUAGAGGCUGUGUCCCCAGAGACUUUUAAGGUCAGCCUUUUGGACGGACAUGAGAAUGUAGAACCUCUGAACAGCCCAAUAUCUCCAUUGAACUCUCAAAGAGCUAUGAACAGCACCAUGCAUCACCCUCUGAUUAGCGUAACCAUGAUAAAUGUAGAAGGAAUGACUUGUAAUUCUUGCGUGCAGUCUAUUGAGAGCGUGAUAUCCCAAAAACCAGGCGUGAAGUCCAUAUGUGUGUCACUUCAGAACCAUAACGCAGCUAUCGAAUAUGACCCCAUGCUGACUUCUCCAGAUGACUUAAGGAACUCCAUUGAGGACAUGGGUUUUGAGGUUUCCUUAACAGUACCAGCAAGCACAGAACCUGUGGUUUUGAUAACUCAACCAUCGCAGGGGAGACUUGCAGAACCUCAGGAUAAGAAAUUCUCCAAACUGGAAGCCUCCUCCAACUUGUCGCCCACCCAUAAUAAGCAGGAUGCAAAGGCACCAUCAAAAUGCUACAUUCAAGUCACAGGCAUGACAUGUGCUUCCUGCGUGGCAAAUAUUGAAAGGAAUCUGAAGAGAGAAGAUGGAAUAUUCUCUGUACUUGUUGCCCUGAUGGCUGGAAAGGCAGAGGUGAGGUAUAAUCCUGCAAUCAUCCAGCCACCAAUGGUAGCAGAAUUGAUUAGGGAGCUGGGAUUUGGUGCCACAGUCCUGGAAAACUGUGAUGGAGAUGGCUCCCUAGAACUUGUGGUCAGAGGAAUGACAUGUGCUUCCUGUGUCCAUAAAAUAGAAUCCACGCUGAUGAAAACAAAGGGGGUUCUGUACAGUUCAGUGGCUCUCGCCACCAACAAAGCACACAUUAAGUAUGAUCCAGAGAUAGUCGGUCCUCGCAAUAUUAUACGGAUCAUAGAGGAUUUAGGGUUUAAUGCUGAAUUGGUGAAGAAAGAUAGAUCUGCAAGCCACCUAGAUCACAAACAGGAAAUAAGGCGAUGGAAGCGGUCCUUCCUUGUCAGCCUGUUUUUUUGCAUUCCUGUAAUGGGGCUCAUGAUUUACAUGAUGGUGAUGGAGAGCCACAUGUCAGCCAUGGACAAGGCCGUAAACCUGACCAAAGAACAAAUGGAAGCCCAUCAUUCGUCCAUGUUCCUGGAGCACCAGAUCCUUCCUGGGCUCUCCGUGAUGAAUUUGCUUUCCUUCGUCUUGUGCGUCCCUGUUCAGGUCAUUGGAGGCUGGCAUUUCUACAUCCAAGCAUACAAAGCCCUGAAGCACAAGACGGCCAACAUGGACGUCUUGAUUGUCCUGGCCACCACCAUUGCCUUUGUCUAUUCCUUUGUGGUGCUUCUGGUGGCCAUGGUCGAGAAGGCGAAAGUCAACCCGGUGACGUUCUUCGACACACCGCCCAUGCUGUUUGUGUUCAUAGCCCUGGGGCGGUGGCUGGAGCACGUCGCCAAGGGUAAAACAUCUGAAGCCCUUGCAAAGCUAAUUUCUCUACAAGCAACAGAGGCCACUAUUGUGACUUUAGGUCCAGACAACAUCCUUUUGAGUGAAGAGCAGGUGGAUGUGGAACUGGUCCAGCGGGGUGACCUUGUCAAAGUGGUCCCGGGUGGCAAGUUUCCAGUAGACGGCCGUGUCAUUGAAGGGCACUCCAUGGUGGAUGAAUCUCUCAUCACAGGGGAAGCGAUGCCCGUCACAAAAAAGCCCGGCAGCACCGUCAUUACAGGGUCCAUCAAUCAGAAUGGGUCCUUGCUGAUCUCCGCCACCCACGUGGGCGCUGACACCACCCUCUCCCAGAUUGUCAAGCUGGUGGAAGAAGCACAGACCUCCAAGGCUCCAAUUCAGCAGUUUGCUGACAAACUCAGUGGCUAUUUUGUCCCUUUUAUUGUUGGUGUUUCUGUGAUAACCCUUAUUGCCUGGAUUGUAAUUGGAUUUGUUAAUUUUGAAAUCGUGGAAACCUACUUUCCGGGCUACAACAAGAGUAUUUCCAAAGCUGAAGUGGUGAUCCGCUUUGCAUUCCAAGCCUCCAUCACGGUGCUGUGCAUCGCCUGCCCUUGUUCCUUGGGACUGGCCACGCCAACUGCCGUGAUGGUGGGCACCGGCGUGGGAGCCCAAAACGGCAUCCUGAUCAAAGGCGGAGAGCCUCUCGAGAUGGCGCACAAGGUGAAAGUGGUGGUGUUUGACAAGACGGGGACCAUCACCCAUGGGACCCCCAUGGUGAUGCAACUGAAGAUGCUGGUGGAAAGCAACCGGAUCCCACGCAGUAAGAUGUUGGCCCUGGUCGGGACUGCGGAGAGCAACAGCGAGCACCCUUUGGGAGCAGCUAUCACAAAGUACUGCAAACAGGAAUUGAACACAGACACCCUUGGAACCUGCACUGAUUUUCAGGUGGUCCCUGGUUGUGGCAUUCGGUGUAAAGUCACCAAUAUUGAAACCCUCCUAAGGAGCAGAAGUGAGACAGUCGAAGAAAACAAUGUGAGAAACGUAGCCCUUGUCAGCAUUGAUGAAAUGGCUGCAGAACAGACACAGCCGGCCUUGAUUAUUGACGAGCAGCUGCCAACCGCGUGGAAUUCUCGGAAGUAUUCCGUUCUCAUUGGCAACCGGGAGUGGAUGUCCAGAAACGGCCUUCUGGUCAAAAAUGAUAUUGAUAACACCAUGAUUGAGCAUGAGCGUCGAGGGCGCACGGCUGUUCUUGUGGCCGUGGAUGGAGAACUCUGUGGCUUGAUAGCGAUCGCUGAUACUGUGAAGCCUGAAGCAGAGCUGGCGGUCCGUACUUUGAAGGCAAUGGGUUUAGAAGUAGUUCUUAUGACCGGCGAUAACAGCAAAACGGCUCGGUCUAUCGCCUCUCAAGUUGGCAUCACUAAAGUGUUUGCCGAAGUGCUUCCCUCCCACAAAGUUGCCAAAGUGAAGCAGCUGCAGGACGAAGGGAAGCGGGUCGCGAUGGUGGGGGACGGGAUCAACGACUCCCCCGCCCUCGCCAUGGCCAGUGUUGGGAUCGCCAUCGGCACCGGCACGGAUGUGGCCAUCGAAGCGGCAGAUGUUGUUUUGAUCCGGAAUGAUUUGCUGGACGUGGUAGCCAGUAUCGAUCUGUCGCGGAAGACGGUCCGGAGGAUACGAGUCAACUUUAUCUUUGCUCUCAUUUACAAUCUUGUGGGUGUUCCUGUGGCUGCCGGUGUCUUUCUUCCCAUCGGUUUGGUUCUGCAGCCGUGGAUGGGCUCGGCUGCCAUGGCAGCGUCAUCUGUGUCUGUCGUGUUGUCUUCUCUGCUGCUGAAACUGUACAGGAAGCCUACUUGUGAGAAAUACGAACGGCGUGCCAGUGCUCACGUGAGACAGAAAAGCCCUUCGGAGAUCAGUGUACACAUCGGGAUUGAUGAAACGGGGCCAGGGUCCCCCAAACUGAGCCUCAUGGACCGCCUUGUGAACUACAGCCGGGCUUCCAUCAACUCCCUCCUCUCGGACAAGCGCUCCCUCAGUAGCAUCAUCCUCAGCGAGCCUGACAGACACUCCCUCCUAGUUGGGGACUCCCGGGAGGAAGAUGACACGACGCUCUGAAAGACUCCCCCACCCCGCAUUCCCCCAUGGAGUGGGUGAAAUCCUCGGUCACCAGGCACUGCUCUGUUCUGGAGAGGGACCCGGCUGUCCCUCCCUCAGUGGCUCUUCAGGCUGAGUGGAAUGGGGCAAUUUUUUUUCCCC